AUUUUUCAGAUUUAGAAAGCAACUUUACAUUGAACUGAAAUGUCAUCUGGUACAGCACUCAUAGCAGGCGUUACAGGUGUUGUUGGAAUCAGUCUUGCACGUCGUUUGGUUUCAACUGACUGGAAGGUGUAUGGUUUAUCAAGACGCCAAUCAGAUUUCCUCCCAGGUGGAGUGAACCAUAUUCUCUGUGAUCUUCAAGAUGCAAGCAAAUGUGCUGAUGGGUUGAAGACUCUAAAAGAUGUCACCCAUGUCUUCUAUACAACAUGGGUCUCCACGAUGGAUCCCGAGAAGGACUGUGAUGUUAACAGAUCGAUGCUUGCUAAUCUUAUGGACAAUCUUCCUUCUAAGAUCAAACACUUCGCACUACUAACUGGUGCUAAGCACUACAUUGGCAACUUUGGUGAUGUCAUCGGGGAUAUUGUUACUCCCAUUAAAGAAACAAUGGAAAGGAGGCCAGGCCGUAACUUCUACCAUGAUUUAGAAGAUGAAGUAUUUGGAAGGGCAAAAACAGAAAACUUUACUUGGAGUGUUGCUAGACCUAUGGCGAUUGUAGGUUUUGCUCCUAAUACUACAAUGAACAUUGCGACAGGUUUAGCUAUAUAUGCGACCUUGUGCAAAGAAAUGAACUUGCCGUUUCAAUUUUUUGGUGGUGAGAAAAUGUUUAACUGUUUAUCUGAUUUGUCAGAUGCUGAGCAGGUGGCUGAUCACAUGAUCUGGGAGUCAACUGAACCAAAAGCAGCCAACCAAGGCUACAAUGUUGUCAAUGGAGAUGUGUUCAGAUGGAAACAAAUGUGGGCAGCAAUUGCGAAGUAUUUCAACCUUGAGGUACCCGAAUAUAAUGGGGAAGCAGCAUCACUCACGGCAUUUAUGGAUGAUAAAACGGAUGCCUGGGAAACCAUUGUGAAGAAAUAUGGCCUCUAUAAAACUGAUCUACAGAAAAUUUGUGCAUGGUGGUUCAUGGAUGUUGUGGGGAUGUUGCCAAUUGAAGUUGUCAUGGAUAUGGCAAAUAGCAGGGAACUCGGCUUUCUCAAGUACCAGAAUACAGAGAAGUCCUUCUUCAAAACAUUUGAUUAUUUGAAAGAAGCUAACAUCAUCCCAAAAGGAGAUGGGAAUAGGCUGUAAUAAUAAAUAGGCUAAUACAGAUUAAGAUAAACAAGGAAAAAAUUGAUAAGGAAUGCCAAAAGUGUAAAUCCUUCAUACAAAAAACUGCUUUUAUACACAUCUAGGCUUAAACAAAUUCAACAUAAGAUUGAGCACUGAAGAAUAAGGUUACUAGUACUAAUAUUCCAUUCCUCAUUUUGUUAAACAACAAAGUGUCAGAUAAUCAUUAUUCUCAGCUUCUUAAA